UUCCCCACAAGCUCGGGCUAAUUAUCCGGGAAGGUUCAUGUGGAUAAAGUGGAGCUCAUCUGUGCCUUGUACACAUCAUGCCCCCGCCUCGUCGGCCAGACUCGCUUUUGCGUGCUUUAUAAACCCCAACCCCCCCUCCCCUCCAAAAAAAGCAUAACAAUCCCACCCCUAUACACAUCACCGGCCCACCAGCAGACGCCCGCGGGAUGAUGGACAGCCGGAUAUUGGAGUCGCCUCACGCCCAGUUCGGAGGCACCCUCGGCGGCGGCGGCGGAGGCAUGGUGGGCUUCCCGUACCACCUGAGCCACCAUCACGUCUACGAGCUGGCCGCGGGCCACCAGCUCCAAUCCGCCGCCGCCGUCCCCUUCUCCAUAGACGGAUUACUCAAUGGGUCGUGCGCGGCGUCCGUGGGAGGUUCCGGCGGCUUGCUGGCGUCUGGAUGCGGGAUGAACGGAGACAAUCAGCCGUACAAACUGACAGACUCGGGAGAUCUGGACAAGGAGAGUCCCGGCUGCAAGAGACGAAGAACGCGCACAAAUUUUACCGGCUGGCAGCUGGAGGAGCUGGAGAAGGCGUUUAACGAGAGCCAUUACCCCGACGUGUUCAUGAGGGAGGCUCUGGCCCUCAGAUUGGACCUCAUCGAGUCCAGGGUGCAGGUCUGGUUCCAGAACCGCCGAGCCAAGUGGAGGAAGAAAGAGAACACCAAGAAAGGUCCGGGCCGACCCGCUCACAACGCACACCCGACCACGUGCAGCGGCGAGCCCAUGGACCCGGAGGAGAUCGCCCGGCGAGAACUGGACCGCCUGGAGAAGAAAAAACGCAAGCAGGAGCGCCGCCUGCUCAAGGCUCAGAACAAGCACCUGCACGGGGAUCUAUUUCACACCCCGGGAUCGGACAGCGACAGCGGCUUGUCUCACGUCACCGACAGCGAUCACGGCGCCGGCCCGCGUUUGGACCUCACCAAACCGCUCUGCGAGCCGGCGCCUCAGUCGUUAAACACGCCGAGUCAGAACCAAAGACACUUGGACCAGGACGCUGGCGGCUCGGAGUUGGACUCGUCCGACGCCAGCCACCGCUCGAGCCUGUGCUCCGGCACCAACCGAACCUCCGGCUUGCAGAAACUCAACCCGUUCAGCGUGGAAAGUCUCCUGUCGGACUCCAGACCCAGGCGCAACUCCGCGGCCUUACCCGCCUCUCGGCCCCUCAUUGGGAAGGGCCAUUUUCUGCUCUACCCCAUCACGCAGCCGCUCGGAUUCAUUGUCCCUCAGACGGCCUUAAAAAGCGCUGCGAAUCCUGACAGCGGUUCCGAGGAUCAUCAGGCGCCCAGUGUCCACGAGUCCGCUGCCUCUGCGGGGUGCAGGAGGCUCUCCCCGGGGUCCGCGGACAGGGACCGGGCGGGGUCGAGGUCUAGCAGCCCUGGGACUUUGGGCCAUGAACAUGGCACACAAUGCGGGAAGGAACAUUUAGAGGAGAGCCCUGUAGAACCGCCGCCGAACAGUCACGAAAAAACGGAAUGA